UCAAUGAACCAGUGGCUCCUAUCUUUUGUAAAAGAUAAGUUAAGAUAAGUUAAGAUAAGAUAUUUUUGGUAUCUUUUUGGUACCUUUUAUCUUGUGUUAAAUUCAGUUAAAAUUAAGUAUCUUUAACUUUAGGGUAUGAAAAUCAAUGGUAACUUUAGCCCUAAAAGAUAAGAUACUUAAGAUCCCAUCUAGCGGUAGAAAAAUGAAUUACUUUGAGGGAUGAAAUUAGAAAAUUUUAAGGCCAAGGCUGUCACUAUCAGACAGACUUCAGACUUGUCUGAAGUCUGAAGUGUGAAGUCUGCAACGUCCUGAUUCAGGAAGUUGCAGACUUUCAGCCAUGCUUUUGCUUUCAGCGAAUUAGUCGUGAUUUUUUUCGUCUGAGACUCUGAGUCUCUGUACUCUCUGAGAUUUUAAUAUUCUGACAGCGUAAUUUUAUUUUAUUUAUUUGUUAUCACAUUGCGUGUGAUCUAGUGUUUGCAAAUUCAUCCCAAGAAAUUCAGCAAUUUGGCUAUUAAUGGUAUUCGUUUUAUACUGAUACUGUAUAUAUCAGUGUCUAUAUCUAUAUACAGCAGUGUUUGUUAUGUUAUCUCCCUGUCGCUGACUUGCUGAUGGAACUUGGAAUAGUGAAUUAUCACUAUCAGGUUAGUCAGGGCAUUGUGAACCUCAGUAGCCAUCCUAAGAUCCUAUAGGUCCUACAAGUCAUAUACUGCCAUAGCCAUGGCAUCCAGAGGAAACAGGGCAGUAGGAAGAACACGGGGAUCGACAGCUUCAAGAGGUCGAGGCAGAAUCUCUGUGGAACUGGGAGAAGAAAACCUUAUUGAAAUCGUAAAUGAGAUUCCUAUCUCGCAUGCUCAACAGCAACUAUUGGAUGAGGAAAGGGAAGAGAGAGAUGAUGAAGCAAUGGAUGAUGCUGAGAAUAACACCACAGUCAGCAAAGCAACUGAGCCUCUACCUCCGCCCGGAAAUCCCAUAUCAAUAUUUACUGUUCAGUCCUGGAAGUCAAAGUGGAGAAGAGAUUUUUUCACAGAUUGGCGUUGGGCAGAAAAAAGGAAAGGCACUGGCCAUCAAGUUUGGGCUCGAUACAAAACUGGAAAAUGCCAAACAAACAAAAAGCCACACUACUACAUUGGUGAACUUACUUCAUUUUCUAACUUCGAGAAGCAUCUAAGUCUCUGUCAUUCUGAAGAAUACAGCAAAUACAAGAAACUUAAAAGUGUGAAUGAUUCCAGUUCGAGCCAAGCAACCCUACACACAUUUCAACAGUUUCGAAUGACCAAAGACCCACAGAAGAAAAUUGAUCUUGAUCUUGAUUACGCUGUAGCAAAAGACAAUAUCCCAAUCAACAUUUUGCGUCGGCCGAGUUUUCGACAAUGGAUUCACUCAGCAGUGCCUGGAUACAAACUUCCAGGAAUCGAAAGAAUGAGAUACAAAAUAAUACCCGACAUUGUUCACACAACAAGAGAUAAAUUGAUGAAGAUCAUCAAGGAAUCUACGUCGUUCACAAUCAUUCUCGACAUUUCGUCGUCGAAAUCUAUGAUGGGUUAUAUCGGUUUUACCUGCCAUGCCGUCACCAAAACAUUCGAGCGAUACACCCUCUUUUUUGGUGUAAAAAGAAUGAUCAGUCGGCACACAGCUGAAAAUAUUUUAGCGGAAUAUGAGCAAUUGCUUCGUGAUUGGGAAAUCGAUCGUUCGUUGGUACUAAUGGUAAAAACUGAUCGUGGAAGUAAUAUGGUGGCCAACACCUUCUUGAAUAGCAUGCCUGGCUGGAAUAAUGAAGAAGAAUUUUCCGUCAACGAGGAUGUUUCUGCUGAUUAUGAUGAUUCUCAGCCUUUUACGAGUGCUUCAAACAUUCAAGAUAGAGUAAACAGUCAAACCCUUCAGCAAAAUGAGCGUAUGACCGAGCUAGAAAUUGAAGAUUCUUCCGAAGAUGAACCACUUUGGUUGUUGCUACAGGAGUUAGGCAUAACAUUUUCAGAGGCCGGUGUUCACGACAAUGAAGAUGGCAGAGAAUAUCGUGACUUAGAAAUACAACUAGAAGAACAUAUGCCUUCUAAUGAAACUACCACAGAAGACCCAGAUGAAUUUGGCGAUGCAGUUGCAGGCCUAUAUGUUUUACUUAAAAGACUUCGCUCUGACUGCGUAGCCCACAAGCUUCAGUUAGUGAUCAAGGAUGGUUUUAAAACCCUGAGUCCUGAAGCAAUUGCCGUGAUCGCUCUCGUAAGUAAACUGGUUAAUUCGGCAAGGAAAAGCAUGCUCGAUUCGGAUAUGAUCUACAAUUCAGUGGGCUUUCGCCUGUCUAAAAAAAAUUCCACACGCUGGAAUAGUACGUUAUAUGAACUGGAAAUCUUCUUGAAGGCAAUUGAUAGUGAUCCAACUCUUCUCUCGCGACUUAACGCUGUAAAAAAACAUGGAUCUUUAUCUGCCUAUCACCAAAUUUUGUUGAAAGAAAUAAUUGGCAUUCUGAAGCCAUUUGAAGCCGCCUCCAAUGAUUUCCAGGGAUAUUUUGAAACAAUUGGAACUGUCAUACCAGCAUUUUUGGGUUUGAUGAAUGCUCUUUCCCUGACAAUCAAGGACAGAAAUGGAGUGAAGAUUGCCAAUCCCAAUAGCCGACUUGCACCAGUAGUAAAAUAUUGCAAGGUUUUCGUGGCUGGAUUGCAGGCAUCUCUAGAACGACGUUUCUCAUUUAUCCUACGAGAUGUACACUACGUUUUGGGUUCAAAUUUUGAUCCACGAUUUAAGUGUGCUUGGAUAAAACAAGCUGGAUUGAAUGAAAAGGCAGUGUUAAAUGAAGUUUCUUCUGAAAUUAAAAUAAGAUGCGAUCUGUUGCGUUCUAGACAAGCAGCCAGCGUUUCUACGCCGAAUCAACAAGAUGAAGCUCGGGAUGAAGUUCAGCAAGACGUAGUAAAACCUUCAUCAACUCGCAAGAGAAAAUUAAGCCAGAGUUUAUAUUCAACAGUAAUUGAGCCACCAAAAUCUCGUUCCCUGAGUGGCCCGGCCAAAGUAUUGGAGGAGUUUGGGAUUUAUUUAAAAGAACCCAUCGUAGCUAUGGAAGUUCUAGUGAAUCCAGUGGAUCCCGACAGUGAACUUUGCGUCACUAAGCCCCUCGAGUAUUGGAAAUCUAAUCAGUGUCGUUUUCCAAUACUAAGCGAAAUCGGAAGAGAUGCUGUUAGCGUUGCAGCAUCAUCAGGAUGUGUUGAACGGGCUUUUAGUGUGGCCAGUGUGCCCACUUUUGGUGAUUUGUCACCAUUUUGGUGAUUUCGGGCUGUCUGAUGGUGUUCAAAUGGUGUCAGAAAAUAAUGGUGAUUUUUGUAUUUUUUGGGAAUUUUUGGAUAUAAAAAAAAAAAUUAUUUAAGUUGCUCAAAUUUAAGGUUUAGAUUUUAAUUUUUAAAAUUUUAAUUAACCAAACUUGGCAACCGAUGGGGUAGUUGUAGCUUGUACCUUGUAGGGAGUUGUAGCACAC